AUGGCGAUCCAACCAGUUCCCUCAUUCCUCUUUCUUCUGUUGUUGUGGACGGGUUUUGCCCAUGGGCAGACGGCCCCAAAUGCCACCAUCGCCCUUCGCGGACGCCAGGGGACCACUUCCUUGGAAACCCCCACGAGCAGCAGCAGCAGCAGCUCCUUCAACGCCAUGUUGCGUGGCACCGAACGCGAAUUGUCCACCGAAGGUCAUGAGUUUUGUUGGAAGUCGUCCUACGGUCGGGGGCUCGGCAAGGCAUUGCGGUUCUGUCCCCGCGACAAGGAUCGGGUUGGUCAACUCUGCUACGUAAAGUGCGGAAAAAACAUGGCCCGGUGGGGGCUCGAUUGUCACACCAAGUGCCCCCAUGAUUGGACCGACACCGGCUUUCAUUGCCGCCAGGAUCAGGACACCUACGGACGCGGCAUUGGGCACAUCCGUGCCGAAUGGUGCGGCCACGAUUGUGAGCUGUGUUUGGGAUUGUGGUACACCCGCUGCAAGGAAGGCUUCAAACCCGUGGGUUGCAACUUGUGCGAGCCGAAAAUCAAUUGCGGAGAGCUCAACAUGGGACGCCAACUCGGUACUUCCUGCACCAAAAAAGUCGAAGCCGGGAACCCCAGUCCUUUGCAGUGUCAUGACACCCUGGAAGAACAGCACGGACUGUUGUGCUACGAGAGGUGCAAGCCAGGGUUCACCGGUAACGGACCCAUCUGCUGGGCAGGGCCACCUCCCGGCUGGGUCGACUGCGGAGCGGGUGCUGCCAUGAACGAUGUCAUGUGUGGAUUGAAGGUUGCGGAUCAAGUGGGAAAUAUUGGAUACGCCGCUGGCAAUGCUGUCCUGGCAUCUUUGUCCUUUGGAGCCAGCCUUAGCAUUACCAUGCCGGGUUCCGCACCCCCCAGGACGGCAAGCUUCAUCAGCAAGCUUCCCAAAUCCUUGGCACCCAUCGCCUCGAAAGCGGCGGCCAGGCUUUCAAAGUACCUCAACUAUGACACGGCAUCGCUUGUGACACAGCUCACAAUGUUUGUCCGGAAUAUGAUUCUCAUGCUCGAUCAAGCCAAGGCCAGGGGGGAACUAACGGCGUCCUGGUACAUGCGCCUCAUCCUUUCUGUAAAGGCGAUUGUGGAACAGAUCCUUCUGUUGAGCAGUCCGGAUGCCGGUAGUGGGGGUGGUCAAGAAUCGCCCACAGCCGCCCCGAUCCAAGCUACUAGUAACAACUGCGAAACAGACCGUUCGCAAGCCAUCAUGAUCAAGUUCACGGGAAAAUACUUGGGUUACAAAGACGAGCCCGAGUACGAGCGCGGAGAAAUAACGUUACGAGAAUUCCCUUCGAAAACGGCUUUGUGGAUCCCUGUUGACAAUGGCGAUGGCACCCACAGCUAUCACACCCUCGAUUGCAGGUACAUGAGGCUUUUCCACCACCAACUUGACGUUGGUGAUGGAGAGUUUUCGAGUCACAAAUUUAAAAAGGUGACACGCAAUGGCGUCACGUACCUAAUGACCAAUCGUCCGGGCUUCGAGGGGAGAGGCAAGGGCCUUUCCACUUGUCGCCAGGGUGGUUGCAUUGCCACCGACUCUUAUCAUGAUUGGCAGCCCGUUGAGUUUGUCCCACUCAACCUACAGCCGAAAGUGGUCGCAAUCAAAUCCAAAGCGGCAGGAACCUAUCUUGUGCCCGAUUCGAGAGGCGGGGCCAGCGCGGUUCAACUUGUGGAUGCUGCCAACUAUGGGGGGGACGUCCAGUUGUGGGUCAUGGAGGUUGUGGAUUGGCGCGCCGUUGAUGCAACAGGAGCCAUCGAAGACACGAAAACGAUUGAACAUUUCGGAUACGACCCGAGUGGACAAAAGACAACCUACGAUCUGAUCUCAUUCAAGGACAAGUACAAUGACACCUAUCUUUCUCACCCAUCCAUGCUCGACAACACCGCCGAUUCAUUUCUUACCAGGCAGGACAAAUACCAUGAUGGCAAUGCCUCAUUCUGGGUUCGGGAGAGCAGCCCCAACACGAAGACGAUCUUUCUUUAUUCUUAUAACGAAGCAGCACUGCAACCAAACUAUUGUGGCAAUCUGAGGGCAACCCCCAGUGGACAUUAUGGAGUGCUGGAUCGUCCAAGUGCUGUUCUUCAUCCAGACCAGAACCUUGUGGAUACUGUAAUAACCGCCACCCCCGAUUCCACGGAGGAAUGGGAAUUUGUCACUGGCAGUACGGAGUUCCACAUGAUCCCCUUCAGAUCAUCGUUUGGAACCUACUUGGAUGCAUCUAACCACUCCGAGUACGAAUACACGCCAAUUUCAAACAUCACAGUCUUUUUGGGCGAUGACGAACAGCUGUGGAGGGUGAUGAAGUUGUUGGGAGGAAAAAUCACCAUUCAAACGUACGACGGGAAGUACCUAGCGGUACAUCGCAAUGGAACUGUCCACUUAUCAGAAGAUCAGGGACUAGAAGGAAUCUUUGAGAAGGUGAACAUUGAUGGAACCGAUGGGUCGGCGUUCUACCUGAAGAUAAGACAAUUUCCUGAACCCAAGUACUUGGCUGCAGACGAUGAGGGGACUGUUUACGUGUCCAACACCCAAGAUGAGCUUACCAGGUGGUAUACUCACCCUGAUCCAGUCAAUAUUGUUGUUGCCGCGCCCAAUUUUGAGUCUGUGAUCACGAGUGCUGAUGGUGGUCGCUCGGUUGUCUUGACAGACAGUACUGACGACGCUGUCAUAAAGUUUACCUUGUCAAGAUUCCUUGAUGGCAAAUGUAUUCUUGAGAACCAAGAAGGGAAUACUGCCGCCGGUUCAAGCUCUGGAGCGCAGCACUCCUCUUCGACGGAAGUUUGGCAAAUCGUUGGAGCUACGUUGGGAAGCAUUCCUGAUCCCAACAGACCGGUCUCCCCCCUCAAGAGCAGACGCAGCGAUGCAGGACACUAUUACCAACUCUUUCCGAGCGCAGACUACGCCUUCGCGGCAAGGACUGUGUCGAGACUCCCAACACAUUGUGGUGGUAUGCGGGCUCACCUUGUCACGAUCGGUUCCCAGGCAGAAAAUGACUUUGUUCAAACAUUCCGCCAAAACCAGCAAGUCUGGAUCGGCCUGAACGACGCAAGCAGCGAAGGGACCUUUCAGUGGGUUGCGGGAGAGCCACUCACGUACACCAAUUGGGCCCCUGGCGAGCCCGACAAUUCCGCCAAUGCCGACUAUGUGAGUAUGGCCGGCGGCGGGACAUGGAAUAUCUUACCAGGCACCAACAACUACAUGUUCAUUGCGGAGUACGACUGCGAGCCUCCUCCAACGGCGGCCCCAACAGGUGCCCCAACUUCGGCCCCAACGGAGGCCCCAACGGCGGCCUCUUCCACCGCUCGGGGCUCUCCCGGGACCCACCGAAGCAUCAAUUACGAUAACCUGGCUCUGAAGGGAGCUGGCUCGAGCUCGUAUAUCGAGUACGAGGUCGACCUGACCCUCUCGGAGGCUCCCGCGAUCCGAUGCCUCGAUGGCCACUCGACCUUCAAGGCCGUGUACAGGGCCAACGUGGAUGCGGGCAGCAGUGCCUGCGGAAGUCAGGGAAAGCUAUUGUGGAACGACGUCACAACGUUUAGUUGCACCUGGUCUCGAUCGCAAUCCGGCGUGGACCAGAACUGGAUCAACACCUUCAUCGGAGGGGGGUGCGGGGUGUCUCCGACGUACGUGGAUCUCCCCGAGAGAAUUCCCUUGGUCCUCGACGGCAACAGGGUGUCCUUCACACUGGAUCACACCAUCUCGGCUCUCUGCUCGGACGGAACGAAUCCAGUCACCACUGUGUGGACCGGCGUGUACAACCCAACAUCUGGCAAAAUCCUCUGGCAGACCAUGACUACCCAGGAUAAACCUGCUGGUCAAUGCAGUUGGAUGACCAGGGAUGGGAAGACCAACAGUUGGCUAGCGGAAUGGCUCGGCUUUGAAGGAGUCGCACCCACCAACGCUCCCAUUCCUUCCCGGAUCGUUAUGCGGUAUGCGUAA